AUGCUCAAGUCCGUGGCCUUGUCUGCAGGCCUCAUCGCGGGCGCCAAUGCCUUUUGGCGUAUGGAAUGCCCUGGACGUGUUGGCCUUGCUCGAAUUGACCCCAUUGUCAACCCAGAUGAGGCCUCGCCUCAUGCACACUCUAUUCAUGGAUCCAGUGGCUUCUCAGAGGGUGCUAAAACCUCUGAUCUACUUGCGGGCGACUGCACUUCGUGCCGUGUUACUCAAGACAAGUCUGCCUACUGGACUCCAAGUCUCUACUUCCAAGAUGCGAAGACCGGGAAAUUUGAGAUUGUUCCCCAAGUUGGUGGAAUGCUGGCCUACUACCUACUUUACGGUAACAAUAUCACCGCCUUCCCCCCAGGAUUCCAAAUGAUCUCCGGAAGCAAUGAACGGCGGAGCUACACAGUCGGCGACCCAAGCAAGCCAGAUCCUGAUAAGUCGCAAUGGGCCGCCCUUGGCCAGACGAAGCAGGAAGACUUGGCUCAGCGUGCAAUUGGAUUCAACUGCCUCAACUACGCAAAGACCCCUGAAGGCACUCUUUACCGCCAUUACCUUCCUGAAAAGGCCUAUCUUGACCAGCACUGCACUGAUGGUAUCAGACUCGAACUCAUGUUCCCAUCCUGCUGGAAGGGCGGCGACGCCACCGACAGCAAGAACCACAAGGACCACAUGGCAUUCCCCGACCUGGUCAUGACUGGUAACUGCCCACCAGGAUACCCAGUUCGAACCCCCAGCAUGCUCUUUGAGACAAUUUGGAACACCUACGCCUUCAAGAACCGCGACGGCAAAUUUGUCUUCUCCAACGGUGACGUUACUGGUUACGGCUACCAUGGAGAUUUCAUGAUGGGUUGGGAUUCCGACUUCCUCCAGCAAGCUGUCAACACCUGCACCAACCCUUCUGGACGCAUUCAGGACUGCCCCCUUUUCAACGUUGUGGAUGAGAGCAAGGCUACAUCAUGCAAGAUGAAGAAAGGUCUCCUAGGUUCCUUGUUUAAGGAGGAUGUACUUGGUCCCAUGGUCAGCUUGCCCGGUGGAGUGAAGGUUGGCGUUGGUAACGAUGAAGACAACCAGCCUGCUACGACCUCGAUCAAACAGGCCCCUACUCUUACUUACCGUCCAGGUGACAAGCCAUCUACUCCCGGCGCUCCUCUUCCUGGCCAAGCUUUCAAGGAGGGCAGCAACUCCUCACCGAAGCCUCAGCCCACCACAACCUCAUACGCUGCGGGGGCGCAAGCCAUUGACACAACACCCGCUCCUCCUCCUCCUGCGUCUCCAUCUGCUCAACCCAGCUAUUUCAGCACAGAGUACAUCACCAAUGGCAACCAGGUUACCAAGAUUCUCUGGGAAGAGAAAUUCGUCACUGUUGUGGAAUACGGCGACUCGCCAGCCCCUACGCCCAAUGCCGGCGCGAACUAUCGACGUCGUCAUGUUCACCGGGGACACGGUCACGGCAAAUUUUAA